ACAUAGAUGCCUACCUACCCCGUGAUGACAAACUGGAUCGAGCUACCGAACAAUAAACAUGCCGUUUACCAAAUAUUGUGCAGUGCCUGGCUGUGGAAGAAAACAGUCUCUGCACAAGCUUCCUCUGGGUUCUAACAGGAAUGCGUGGUUAAACUUUAUUUUUAAUGAAGUUCCUGCUGACGUGGGUAAAACAUUGACCAUCUGUUCGCUACAUUUCACCGAGGACUGUUUUGUAAACAAGACACAGGUCGAGACUGGAUUUGCAGACCGAUUAAGAUUAAAAUACGAUGCUGUGCCUUCUAUAUUGGAUCCGACAGAAAUGGUGCAACACACUUACUCACAGAAGAGUCCAACUAUGAAGGAUGUAGCUUGUCAAACAGAACUGAAUUUAACAUCACAGCUGGCUUUUCCAACCUUGGCCCCGAAAUUCAGAAGCGAAGGAACACAGACAGAGGUGUCAUGUAAAAGUGUAGGUCCUUCAACACCUAUGAAGGAUUUUAGGCCAGCAAAAACAUCUUGUCUAGAACUGGAGGAGGAGAAAAGGGUUUCUUUUGAAGACUUUGAUAGUCAGGACACAACAUAUGAGCCAGCCGAGUCAUCACAACUUCCAUGUACAUCGAUAGAGCGGGAUACAAAAUACAUUGUAUUUGAAAAGUGCCUCCUACAACUGUUUGAAACCUGCCCAGUGUGCACGAGAUGCUGUGACGUUCGGCCUCGAAGACAAGGUUCUUUUGUUGCGAUCGAUCAACUGUGCCCACAUUGUCAAUACUUUAGAAAAUGGCAAAGCCAACCUGUUGUCGGCAGCACACCUUUGGGCAACCUCCAGUUAUCUGCUGCCAUACACUUCACUGGCGCAUCCUUCUUCAAAUUACAAAAGGUAUUCAACGCAAUGCAUGUCAAGAUGAUUACACACACCACUUUUCGAAAGCAUGCCAGCAUGUAUCUGGAACCUGCAAUAAUCUAUACGUGGAAGAAAGAACAAGAGGAAGUCUUGCGCCAGCUAAGCCGGGGGGACAAAGUGAUAGCGGGUGGUGAUAUGAGAGCGGACUCGCCAGGCCACUCAGCAAAGUAUGGUGCAUAUACCUUAAUGGACCUUGAGAGCAACAUCAUAUUGGACAUACAGCUAGUGCAGAGAAAUGAGGUAGCAGGAAGUGACCAUAUGGAAAAGGAGGGAUUAAAACGAGGCCUUGAACAUCUAGAGGCACAUGGUGUGAAGCUUGAAUGCAUUGUUACAGAUCGCCAUCCACAGAUCAACAAUUUUCUGAGGGAAAUAAACAUACCGCAGUUCUACGAUGUCAGGCAUCUGGAGAAAGGCUUGUCUAAGAAGUUGGAAAAAAUCGGCAAAGAUAAGGACUGUGAGGUGGUGAAAAAGUGGCAGCAUAGCAUCAAAAACCACGUCUACUGGACCGCAGCCACUUCAAAAACUCCUGUGGAGCGGGUAGCAAAAUGGAAGUCUCUGGUAAACCAUAUUCAAGACAUUCACGUACAUGACGACCCAUCAUUCCCCCGGUGCGACCAUGAAAUCCGUCAAUCGACUGAUCGCAGCAAAUGGUUCCAACCAGGAACCAAAGCACUAUGUACUGUCGAAAAGAUUCUUACAAACCAGAGAAUGAUGAAAGAUAUGGAGAAACUCAGUCCUCACCUUCAAACUUCGUCUUUGGAGUCUUUUCACCGUGUCAUUUUACGUUUUGCGCACAAGAAUGUGGUUUAUCCUUACCUUGGGAUGUUGUGCAGACUUUAUUUGGCAGGUAUGCAUUUCAACGAGAACUCAAAUCGUCCUCAGGCUAAAACAUCGACCAAAAAAGAAAUCUACUCCAUGAGGCCAUUAAAAUCACAGGCAACACACUGCUAUGUCAUCAAUUUGAUGACAUUCCUUUUUGAAAAGGUAAUCCGAGACCCUCUUCCCUACAUGAAGGAGAUCCACAAACUAAAUAUCCCUGAAACACUCUCUGCCCAGUAUGGAAGAGGCCAUCGCAAGCCAUGUGUCCUUGGGGAUAAAGGGGGAGGUCUAAACCCUACGUAGCUGCCUCCAGCGUCUGGAAACUCUCGGCGUAUGCGCAGAACAACACAACGCGCUCUUCCUGCCCAGAUAGACCCAGCACCAGCUCAAAGUUCCUGUAGCGCCUAAUGUGAAUUGACAAAAUGAGAUAAAUUGCUUUAUCUGCUAUUAUUGUGAAUCUAUUGUAUUGAUUUUGAAUUAAAAACAUAAAAACAAUCAAACUGUUUUUGUUAAAGGGUUAGUUCACCCAAAAAUGAAAAUUAA